CUUUACUCAGUGCUGGCAAAGAGAAUGCGUAUUGCUCAACAUUGUUACAGUACUGGAAAGCGCAAGAGCAAAGAGUGAGCGUACGGUGCACGGCAACUGUCAUAACUAGUUGACAGUUUGAAACUUGAGCGGCUCCAGGAUGUCUAUAGUUACAGUGCAGCUUGGUCAGUGUGGAAACCAGAUUGGCCAGGAACUGUUUAAUGUUAUCAGUAAUGACACCCACAGCUCAUGUGGACAGUGCCCCAAGACAGAAAAUGAGGCAUACAGCGUUUGUUCCCAGGAGCGAUUCUUCAGCGAGGGCAGGAAUGGAGCAGUGUCAGCACGGGCAGUGCUGGUAGACAUGGAGCCCAAAGUCAUCAGUCACGCCAUAUCGACAGCUGCAAAAUCUGGCAGGUGGAAAUAUGGAGAUCAGUCAUCCUUCUGUCAAAAGCAAGGGUCUGGAAACAACUGGGCAAAUGGGUUUUGUGUCCACGGACCUCGCCAUGAGGAGGACAUCAUGGACCUGAUACGGCGGGAGGUGGAGAAAUGUGACCGUCUGGGCGGCUUCUUCAAUAUGAUGAGUAUGGCAGGGGGGACGGGGUCUGGCAUGGGAACAUACAUUACCCAGUGUCUGCGGGGCACCUAUCCACACUCAUUCAUUCUUAAUCAGGUCACCUGGCCCUACGGAACUGGGGAGGUAAUAGUCCAGAAUUACAACUCGGUGCUAACACUGUCCCAUCUGUACCAGUCGUCCGAUGCAAUUCUCGUUCAUGAAAACGACACAGUUCACAAGAUCUGUGCCCAGCUGAUGAAUAUCAAGCAGAUCUCUUUCAAAGACGUCAACAAAGUCAUUGCACAUCAGCUUGGCAGCGUGCUGCAGCCAGCGUAUACAGAGGGAGCAUCAGAGUAUAACAGAAACCCCCUGGGUGAUUUGAUGAAAAGCAUGGUUUGUCACCCUGAGUAUAAAUUACUGGGUCUGCGAAACAUUCCCCAGAUGUCAGAAGCCUCCCUGGCAUACAGCGUCUUCACUUGGCCCGGGCUUUUGAAGCAUCUACGGCAAAUGCUGAUUGCUAAUGCAAAAAUGGAAGAAGGCGUUGACUGGCAGGUAAGACCCCCAGCAGAUGGGCUCCCGCUGGCAGAGAAAGGAACUCGUAACAGACGUUUCAACACCUCUCUAGCCAACUUGCUAAUCUUAAGAGGAAAAGAUGUGCAGAGUGCAGAUACAGGUGGUUUCAUGGAUCCUGCGCUGUAUACCUCCUGGCUUCCACCAGGGGUCGCCAGCAGCACUUGGAGAACACCCAUGUCCUUUAACAGAUAUGAGAAAUCUGCCACUCUGGUCAGUAAUAGUCAGUUCCUUCUGAAACCCCUUGAUGGUAUAGUGGGAAAAGCAUGGAACAUGUUUGCUUCAAGGGCAUAUGUUCACCAGUACACACAGUUUGGAAUCUCAGAAGAGGAUUUCCUAGACAGCUUUACAGCCCUGGAGCAGAUCAUCGCCAGCUACACUCACCUUUAAACCAGCCUGCCGAGAUUAAGGGGAUGUUUGGAGUUGAAGAAAGUGAUACAGAGAUUUUGAACUUUCACUAUGGGGGAAUUCCUUUUUCUUUUAAUAUAUAAGAAGUCUUAUCAGAAUCCAAAUUAUUGAUUUUCCUUCAACUGAACAACCUUUGUUAUUAAAAAAAAAAAAAAACGGUAUGUACAUUUAGUAUGAUGUAA